GUGUGUGUGUGUAUGUUAUCUCUAGUAAGAUAAUACCGCCCCCCCUCGCACAAAGGUUGUUUGUUCAGUGCUCUAGCUGCCCUGUUUUUGUCCUUGCUACUUAUCUCUGUAAUAUUUGCCAUCAUCCCCCUUCUSCCAUAAUAUGCUGCUGUUGGAUAUCGCCAUGGCUGUGUCCGGUCUGGCUAUGUGCAUCAUUGACACCAAUGCCAAAAUCCAGGUUGUCGCCAUCUAUCAGACGGACUCAGCUGUCUUUCGCCAGGCCCUACACUUCUUCAUUGGGUUUGGGGCACUGGUGAGCCCUCUGAUUGUGGAUCCCUUCCUGUCCAGGACAGGCUGCAGGAUGGGGAACAUGACAGAGAAUGUGAUAGAGAUCACGGACCACUUUAGGAACAUACUGAAUGGUCCUGUUCAUGACCGAUUGCCUUGUUCUGUUAAAACUAUGCAGCCUGCUCCAUAUUAGUGUAUGUAUAAAGCAAUGGAUUAAUCUGUGGACUUCCACGUUCUAUUCCCAGGGUGCAUAUGCAGGCUUUGUGUACACAUACGCAGUGUCUCCGGUCCCCCAUGUCUCUACCAAAGAAGACCGCGGGAUACCUGGCUAGUACAAGCAUUUUGCUACACCUGCAAUAACAUCUGCUAAACAUGUGUAUGUGACCAAUAACAUUAGAUUUGAUUUAGUAUCUCAUGGGCAGCCAUCACUGCAGGAUGUCUGGUGUCCAUCCCUCUCACUGUGCGCUUCCAGCCCAUUUGACUGCUCAUGAUCAAUCUGGUAAUGCAAAUGAUAUAUAGAACACUUUAUUGAUCACCAAGGGAAAUGUAUUAACAUUAAUUGAGGGAUGUAAUUAGAACUUCAUUAUAUUUUCAUUACAAUACAUUUUAAUAAUGGAACACGAGUCACUUUAAUAAUGUUUAAAUAAUGUUUA